CGCAUGAUCAGAUGUCAAAAUAAGAGCGGGGCUAGUGACCGACCUCAUGUGUACUUGCAAUAUAUCUCUAUUAACGAUGAUAAUGAUGAGGUUAUGAUGAUAAUAAUAAUAAUACAUUUCAGUGCCCCUAAAAAAUGAUUUGGAUAGAAAAAUAGCAGAAGCAUUUGAAGUUUUUGAUGUUGGAAAUAGCAAAAUGUGUGAAGUUCGUGAUAUAUCUACCAUAUUAAGGGGUCUUGGCUUAUGUCCUACAGAAGCAGAAAUUCAAGAGAUUAUCGUACAAGUAGAACAUCCUCGUAUUCCAGGAAGUGUUCAUCUAAGACAUUUCUUACCUGUAGCUGUUCAAAUAAUUAGAGAGCAUAAGUUUGAACCAGCUGGGCCUGAAAGACUUCUAGAAGCAUUUAGAACCUUAGAUGUGCUAGGUAAAGGUUUCUUGACAAGAGAACAAAUCACAACAUACAUGACCCAAGACGGUGAACCCUUUUCUCAAGACGAAGUUGAUGAAAUGCUGGAAUUGGCUAUAGAUCCUCUUUCUCACACAGUUCCAUAUGAAUAUUACAUUAAUAAGCUUUUAAUCGAAGAAACAACAGAUAUAUAAAAACAGUAUGCUAAAUAUUUUGUUUUAUCAAAAAAUAGUGACCCGUUUUAACAGAUAAAUCGACACUAAGGGUGGUUUUAUCAGUGCAAUGGUUAAAUGGUUUGGUUACGUAGCUUAAGUAUCAAUAUCUAAUAGUUCAGCCCUGUGUGAAGAGAGCCCAAGAAGUUGACCUGCUAUAUUAUAUUUACAUAUUUCACAUUUAACCGCGCAAUCGGUGGUUAUUUAGUUGAAUUUUCCUUAUUUAUAAAAGUAAAGGAAAGCAACAUGUCAACAAGAAAUUUGUUGGAGGCUAUGCAUCGAUAUGCAGUGCUUUUAUAAGUUCUCUAAUAAUUUACGACCUUCCCAAUGCGAGGCAGAUGUGUUACCGCAGAAAUAAUAAAAAUAAUCAUCAAAACCAUUCUAGCUCAAGAAAUCGGUCAUGAAAUCCUAGUACAUCAGUUCAGCAGGUAUCGAAAGAAAUGUACAUCCGGUAACAGUUAUAACCUGCAAUGUACAAAUCGCAAAACUAAAAGGCGAUUGUAGUGUAGCAGUGUUUCUGGGCAUUAACAAAGCUUUCGACAGCGUAUGGCAACAAAGACUAUUAUACAAACUAUGGUUAAUGAACAGUCCUAAAUACAUCCUCUUCUUACUCAAAAAUUACCUGUGUAGUAGAAAAGCAGUAAUAAUCAUACAUAAACAACAUAUAUUCACAUUCACUCCUCAACAGGGAGUGCCUCAAGGAUCACCUUUGUCCCAAUUUUUAUACAACCUAUAUUGUCACGAGAUAUACAAUUUUAACCAAAGAAAUAACAAUAUAAAUACUGAUUUGUACAUCUUAUAAUAUGCAGAUGACACAAGCCUCAUUAGUCACAAUAAAACGGUACAUAAAGCAGUAGUAAGCUUGCAACACAUUGUCAACAGAACAGAAAUAUGGUUUGACAGAUGGAGAUUAAAACCAAACCCUAGAAAAUCGGAAUUCAUAAUAUUCAACUAUAAAAAACAUGCCAACACACCAACUAUUUCCAUAAAUAAUACAGCGAUUGAAUGUGUAUAUUCUCCAAGUACAUAGGAGUACAUAUGGAUCAAAAACUAAAUUUCAAGCAACACACUUUUAAAGUAAAAAAACCUUGUAUAACAAGAGCAAAACAUUUUAUAAAUUUAACUUAUAAAAAAGAAGGCAUAUCCCAGAAAACUGCUACUCAUAUCUACAAAACAAUAUGCAGACCCAUUUUAGAGUACUGCCAUCCCAUUUAUAUUAAGUACAUUACGAUCUAUCACCAAAACAAGACACCCAAGAAACCCAUUACAUAAUCCACCUAAAGCCCUUCUCUAUGAAAUUACACAAGUAAAACCAAUAAAGCAGCGAUUAAUUCAUCUGACUCAAACAUUUUGUGAAAAAGAAGAAACUAGUGAUAUAAUUGAACCGCUUUGCAGACUCUGUGAUCCACUUAGGCAUGUCAAGAGGAAGCCUCCAGAAAUUACCAUAUGAGAAUAUAUAAGAGCACAGUGAGACCUUUAAAACUCAUAACAACAUUCAAUUACUUUUUUUUAUUUCUUUAUACAUAUACCCAAUCGAAUUAUAAUAUUUAUUCGCAUUGUGUAUGUAACAGGCUGUAGGACUUCGGUCGAUGGCCAGUUGGUUAUUCCAAUAAAGCACGUUUAUUAUUAUUAUUAUUAUUAUU